UUUUUACUUAUGAAUUUAAUGUAUAAAUUAGUGUAUAUGCUGUGAAAAUUAUAGUAAAUAAUAUUUAUUUAUUUAUUGUUUAUACCUAGAAAUAUUUAAUUAAACAAAAUGGAGGAAGAUAUCAUGAAACUUGAUUUAUAUGAAAUUAUUGGUAUAGCCUCUACAGCAACUGUAGAAGAGAUCAAAAAAGCAUACAGAAAACAGGCUUUAAAAUGCCAUCCUGACAAAAACCCAGACAAUCCUAAAGCUGCUGAAGAAUUUAGACAAUUAACAAAAGUGUUAGAAGUUUUGACUGAUGUAUCUGCAAGGGCUGCUUAUGAUAAAAUUCUAAAUGCAAAAACUCAAGCAAAACUUAGAGUUAAAGAAUUAGAUGCUAGACAUAAGAAAUUCAAAGAUAAUUUAGAAGCUCGUGAGCAAGCAUUUGAGCAAUCACAAAGUUCAAAUUAUGCACCUUCCAAAAGUGAUGAACAAAGAUUAAAGGCUGAACUGGAAAGGUUGAAAAAAGAAGGUUCAAAAUUAGUUGAAGAAGAAAAUGAGCGGUUACGACAAAAAGUAUUGGAAGAAAUCCAAAAAAGAACUGAGGAAAUAUAUGGGGAAGAUGCAUGUCGAGUUAAGAUAAGUUGGAAAGUUAAUGCUGAUGAUGAAACAAAUGGUGGUUAUAACCAUGACAAUCUAUCUAAAAUGCUAUCUAAACAUGGUGAUAUCUCAGUAUUAGUAGUAUCAAGUGCUAAAAAGGGUAGAGCUUUAGUAGAAUUUACAACAAAAACAGCAGCAGAAUCUGCUAUCACUAUUGAAAGAGGUCUGAUAACAAAUCCAUUAAAGUUAAUUGGAUUAUGGGAGAAGAAAAAAACAGCAGCAACUAUCGGACAAAAGCAAUUGAAAAAACCUUUACAAAUGAAUUCAAGACCUCCAAUAGGAGGAUCCUUGUUUGCUUCAGUAAGAGGAAAAAGUAAUAUGAAUUCUAGUAACAUAUCUCAAGGUCUCAGUUUUGCUUCUGCUCCAGAUAUAUUUAAUACUCAAACACUCAAUCAUACUGAUUUCGAGAGUACAGUUUUAAAUAAUCUCAAGAGAGUAGAAGAGCGUAGAAAACUGAUAGAGCAAAUGCAAACAGAAGAUACAUGAUUAUGAUAAUUAAAUUUAACAUUCAAAU